ACAUAACCUACCAAUUUCAUUAUGUUCAGCAUUUAGCUGUUUCAAUUCAGUAAAAUUUCCCAGUGCCACAGGAAUUGCAGUUAAUUGAUUUUUUGAUAGAUCCAUUGUUCUCACAGUGGGAGCGAGGCUCAUCACAGCUGAUGGUAUCUAAGGUAUUUAAUUGAGUUAGUUUGAUGAGAACUGUCAAAAUGUAUUUUAUACACAUAAAACCUCACAACUUGUCAACAAGAUGUGUUUGCAACAGACUUGUCGCAAGCUUGUCAACAAGUUGUAACAAUGCUGUUAUUUUAUCAAGUUGCUGCAAGGUUGUCACUCACAACUUGUUGACAAAUUGUUGAAUUACAGGAUGAUAACAAAUUGUUGGAACAAGUCUGUUGAGCUCAACAACCUUGUAGCAAGUUGUCAAUAAACUGGGAACAAGCAGUAUGAACACAUCCUGUUGACAAGUUGUUGGAAUGGCAUUGCUACAAGCCAACUUGUGCACAUGUUAGUACCAGACUGUCAUAUUAGAAGUGGAAAGUAUGCAAAUUAUCGUACCCUGUAUUUCGGUCGCUCCUUUGCCUGGGAGCCUUGUUCAUAUGAACCAACGAGAUGAAAUGCUAUUUUCUCAUAACUCAUGAGAACGAGGCUUUCCGGGUCAAGGAAGGAUUUGUGACGUAAUUAUCGGACAACGGCUAUGACGUCAUAACAAAACAUUCUAAAUACAUUUAUAUACCUAUAUACUGAAAAUACACAUUUAAUUUAUACAUCCUACACAAUAUACUUCUGAACUUGUCGACUUGAUAAUAUUUCAAGAAUAUUAUUAAUCGAGACACUCUUGCACAAACAGUAUAUUACAAAAACGACUGCAAGUGAAUCGUUGAUCCACACCUCUUUCAAUUUUCGACCAGAGCAAUUCAAGACCCGUGUUUUCUUGGCUGUUUCAAUAUGUGCCGCCAUUGUAUCGACCUUAUUACCCAUGGCUGUGCAAUGGAGAUGAAACCAGUUUGCUAUUCUUCACAUACAAUUGUUUUCAAAUCGAGCAGAUUAGAAAUUUACAGCAAAAACAGAAUGAUCAAAGAUGUUUACAUUUGGGAAGCUUCGAGCUUUAACUGUAUAUAGAUCAGUGGGAAUAAUAAUUUCCUUUUUAAAUGGUGUUUCCAUUAUUAAAUAAUUUACUCGUUCAUCCUUCAAAUCUAUCUUUAAUUUUGAAUUGCAGAAACUAUAUAUCUGGUCGAGUCAUUCUGAAGAUAUUUACAUAAUUGUUCAAUCUCAUUGUAGUGUGCUUGCUACGGAAUUUAUUUUUUGCUACGGAAUUUAUCUUUUGCAGUUGCUAGUAGGAAAUCUGAAAAUUAUUUAUAUUAGAAUUUAGAAAUGUGUAAAAUGCUAUUCUUUUUUUUUUUUUCUUUUUUUUUAAAUUUUCGCCCAAUUACAUAACAAUAAGAAGUAGAAUUAAAUAUUUACAAAAUUAGGGCUAGGAACCUUCUAGAAACCAAAAGGCUUUUGUUUAAGGUCCCUAGGUAAUAAUUAUAUAACUAGCUAAUUUCAUAAUCUAGCAUGAUGUGAUGUGUUUUUCCCCUAGAAACUAAAACCAGAACAAGUGCUGUUCAGUUGCUGCAAAACGGUCCAAUUUGGCCAUUAUUUAGGCAAAUUUAUAGCAAAUUUAAUCAUUAUUUUUUGGCAAAAUGACAAACAUUCUAAAUUUCGAAUGACAGCUUUAUAAGUGGAAGCUUUGACAACUACGGGCAUGCGCAAGAGCGACUCACAUGUUUCAAAAAUUUAAUAGACAAAAAAAUUUUAUCUUGAAAAGAAAUUGGGUAAAAAAUACAGAGUUUUUCGACGUUUUUCGCCAUGCCAUCGCCAACAGAAGGCAUAUCGAAAGUGGUUGUUCAUCCUUUAGUUCUGCUUAGCGUCGUAGAUCAUUUUAAUCGUGUGAGUACGGCAGGAAGUCAACGGAGAGUGGUGGGUGUCUUGCUUGGGGCAAAUCGUAAAGGGAUACUGGAUGUCUCCAAUAGUUUUGCUGGUAAUGGUGGAUGCGUUAUGAUUUUAAAUUUGCACAUGGGAUACAACAAGUAAUGGCGUAUGCUGUUGACAGAAAUUUAUUUUCCUUGUACGUACAUACUGUGAAAAAAGGAAAAUAAACCCCUGGUCAAAAGCGUACAGCCGUACACUGUGUGCCAGAACAUGUUUAGAGAUCACGUCCAUAUUCAUGUUGCCACAAAUAAUGUCGAAUCAACGUUAUUCCACAAAUAACGUCGAAUUGACGUUAUUUCUUCACCCACCCACUCCAGAUAACGUCAAUCAAUAUUCCGUCGUAUUUUGACUUUCGUAUUUAUGAUACAAAAUCUGUACUGUGAUAGUUACUUUGGACAUUAAUUGUCGAAUUGCCACAAGAUAACAUUGAUAAGUUCACAUAAAAACCCACCCUCUCACUCAUAAUGUCGAUUCGACAUCAUUUGUGGCAACAUAAAUAUGGACGUGGUCCCUUACAAAUAUAUAUAGGAAUGUGAAUUGAACCCUAAAUACAUGCUAGUGACUCUCCUCCCAGGCUUUUUUUCAGGGAUUUUUUAGGGCCAUUAAACGGCCCCAAAAACUCAAUCUUGAAUUGAGUUUUGAAACUCAAUCUUCUCACCAAAGUUUCAGUGCAGUAAAAAUGAAGUUGUUUGAGUUAAAUUUGUGACGUGUGGAAAUUAGUUUUCAGUUGGAAACCCGACAAUUAAGAAAAAAUGGCUGGAAUUCAUCUCACAACACAAGAAAAACUAUGCAUUUGCCAUCUUUAACCAGUUUAUGGUGUCCCUCAGUGCCCCUGUUUUAACACAUUCCAUCUCAACUACAUUUAUUGAGCACAAGUGUCAGCCCCCUGGUAGGGAGCGGGGGGUGCAACCACCCCAGCUGUUCAGUUAAACUCAAUCUUCUCUGCAAAAACGGACCCAAGUGAAAAUCCUGAAAAAAAACCUGCCUCCACAGAGGCUUUUAAAGAAUAUGAAAUUCGAAGGAAUUGAAAUUGCGCUAGAAGGUAUCUGGUAUGAAGACAACUGCUGAAAAUCAGUGUGCGGGCGAUCCCUUCCCCUUCUUCAUACCAGAUACCUUCUAGCGCAAUUUCAAUUCCUUUGAAUUUCAUAUUCUUUAAUUAAAAGCCUCUGCGGAUGAGAGAGGGGUGCAGUUAUCACUAAUACAUGCUUCCUGAAAUUAGGUUGUGGGUCUUCUUGGCCAUAGAGCCUUGCCUGACUGGAAAGUUUGGAAAUUGUGCAACCGAAUUGCGUGCCUGAUAUUUCGGUUGCACGAUACAAACUUUCCACACUGGGAGUCUCGUUUUCGUGAUUGAGACAUUGGGCUUAACCAAUAACAAAUAUUUAUUAUUAUAUAUAAUGAAACAAAAAUACUAACUAAGAGGAAUUUAUAAUUUUGGCUUGUUCUUUGUCUUGACUCAACACUAGGAAUAUUCGGUAUGACAAUUUUCCAGUAUUGGUAUACCGGAAAAAUUAUACUGAUAUCAAUAUACUGGUUUUUUCAUGUUUUAAAUUAGAUACUGUAGGAAAAUUCUUUAGUGGAAAUUUGAAGGAAAUUGGGUCGUUCCAGAAAAAAUCCGCACUCCCCCCACGAAGGAAAUUUCUGCUGUCCGGAGGGGGAGGGGAGAAAAAAUUGUUUCUGAUAAUAGUAAAUGUAUUAGGACAUCCAAAGGGGGUAGGGGGGUUAACGUCCUAUUUCCUCUGUGGGGGUGGUAUAGAUAUUUUCUGGAAUGACCCAUUCUGAUUUUGAAUGCAAAUGGUAAUAUUCAGUGUUUGAUCAGUUGUUGUUCUUUUCAGUCCCGUUUGAUGAAGAUGAUCGCGAUAUGGAUGUCUGGUAUUUAGAUCGUGACUACUUGGAAAAUAUGUACACCAUGUUCAAAAAAGUCAAUGGUUUGUAAAUUAUUUGCUUGCUAAUACUUGCCAAAUACUACAGCUAUGCUUAUAUGUUGAAUUUAUUUGUCUAGCGCGUGAAAAAAUUGUUGGAUGGUAUCACACCGGACCAAAAUUACACCAAAACGAUAUAAAAGUCAAUGAACUAGUCAAUGAAUUAGUGCAAAAAUCCUCUCAUAAUUCGGUACCGGUAAGUUGCUGAAUUGACAUACAAGUUACAUGAUUAAAACACUGUAUGUGAUGAUAGAUUUCUUGUUCUGCAGGUGUUAGUUAUAAUUGAUGCGAAACCAAGAGAUCUUGGUUUACCAACUGAAGCUUAUGUUGCUGUCGAAGAAGUCCAUGAUGUCAGUAUUAUUUACUUGAUGAUAAACCGUAGUCUUUUUAUGACUUUACACAAUUGUGUUCAGCCCUUGGCAAUGCCGAUCUAACUGCUGAUGUGCAAAGCGAUAAAUUGUAGAUUUAGGUUGGCAAGACCUUUCUGACCUACGACCGAACACACUUUUCACACAUACAUACGCAUUUUCAAGAAUGAUGUUUUAUCAUGUUUUGACCAUUCAAAGUGUGAUUAUGCAACUUCUCAGAAUACGCUUCUGUGAGUGUCAUAUUCAUUUACAAGACUAAAAAAUUGUCUGACCUAGAUUGAGAAUUAUCGUUUUUAGGUCGGCAAGUUGUUGCUGACUUGAAAUUUCAGGAGUUUUAAAGGGGCGUUUGUUAGUUGUACCUUUUUUAGCAUUUUGUCAGGUUUACAUACAGAUGCUAUUGUGAAUUGUUUUUAGGAUGGAUCCCCAACCAGUAAAACAUUUGAACAUGUUCCUAGCGAAAUUGGUGCUGAAGAAGCAGAGGAAGUGGGUGUUGAACACUUGCUACGGUAUGUGAAAAAUUUUAAAAAUUUGCCCUAUUGAAAACCCUAUUGCCGUGGAUUUAAAGCUUGUUUUAUAUUGGGAGAGCACUGGCAUUAAAUGGAUCAAACUAAUGGGUGACAUACUGUAAAACUAGUACCCCAGUAAAUAUGAGAAUAACACAAAUCUCUAAAUACUAAUCUAAAAUCAAAUUUUCAUUCAAGUGCAUUUCAAUUCCAUUUUUAGGGAUAUAAGAAAUCUAACAGCAGGUACAUUAUCACAGCGUAUAACAAGUCAACUUAUGUCACUGAAAGGUCUGAACAAGCACCUUCAAGACAUCAGAAAUUAUUUGGAAAAAGUAGCCAUGGGCAAGCUACCUGUCAACCACACCAUAAUCUACCACUUACAAGACGUCUUUAACCUACUACCCGAUCUAAACGUUGCCGAGUUUGUAAAAGCGACAUCGGUGAAAACCAAUGAUCAAAUGUUGGUCAUCUACACAGCUUCCAUAGUUCGUGUGAUAAUCGCCCUACAUAAUCUGAUAAAUAAUAAAGUCGCAAAUCGAGAUGCGGAAAGGGAGGAAGGAGGGAAAAAGGAAGAUAAAAUUAAAGAAAAGGAUAAGGACAAGGAUACCAAAGAGGAUGGGAAAGAUAAAUCUAGUAGUAAGAAAGAGGAAGCAAGUAAAAAAGAAGCGAAAUAGAAGAAGACGUGCGCAGUUAAUUGAUAUUGUAUUGAAUAUGUUAUAUGAUGUGUUUUGUAAUUGUAUUAUAUAUAAAUACUUUUGAAAU